AUGAUAUCGAUUAUUCUGGCCAUUACAUUCCUGAUCUUCUCCUACAACGAAAUGAUGCCUCGAGUCAGCUAUAUCAAGGCUAUGGAUAUUUAUCUUGGAGUGUGCUUUAUGAUCGUUUUUCUCUCGUUGAUAAAGCUUGCUUUUGUCAAGUAUAUGCGGCAAAGGAUGAAGAUGGAAAGGAGCGAAUAUGUAACGGUGCCGGUAGCAGAUAUGGAUGACUCCUUUGUGGCUGAGGCUCAGAAGGAACGAUUCGGUCAAAAAAUGCUCAAACUCAUGGAUAUUCGCUUCACGCCGAAAACCAUGCACAGAUUUCAGUGGAUAUCUCAG